AGGAACGAGCGAUGAAAAAGCGAGGGAGAAGGUGAAAUCACAGCAGCACAGAGGAGAGACCAAACCAGGAGGAGAGCAAGGAUGAGUGGAGGAGAGAGAGGAGAGCAGUGAGGUCCCCAGAGAGGCAGAGGAGAGGAGAUGAGCAGGGAGAGCAGCCAGCACUGAGAACAUCCAUCAGCUCGGGCAGCCAUGCUCUGAGCCCUGGAGCUGCAGGGCUACACAGACACGGCUCAGGCCCACCACCAGGCCUACCUCAGCCCCCAUCCUCCACCAGGGCCAGGAUAGAAGAAGAUUCCCCUCACAUCAGCUGUGCAUCAGAGCCAUGAGGACAGCCAGGAAAGGCAGCGUGGAGAUGCCUGCCUUCAUGCGGCAGCUGGUGAAAGAGACAGAGAAGAGGGUCAGUUCUUUCUUCAAGGGGGGGCGUGGAGGAGCAGCAGAAGGGGAACAUCCAGGGGAGGGGGAGAAGGAGGAGGUCAUCCCCAGCCCUUACCUAGACAGGCCUGUCCUGGACAAACUGGCAGAGGAGGGCUGUGCUCGCUGGGGUCUCACCUACGCCCUGGGGAGCAUGCAGGGCUGGAGGGCCAACAUGGAGGACUUCCACAACUGUGUUCCACAGCUGGGAGGAGAGCUGGCUGACUGGAGCUUCUUCGCCGUGUUCGAUGGCCAUGCAGGAAGCACAGUAGCACAGUACUGCUCCCAGCACCUUCUGGGUCACAUAUUGGCCACAGGGGGAUUGAGCCCAGAGGACGACCCUGAAAAAGUAAAAGGAGCCAUCAUCGAAGGCUUCCUGCAGACAGACAAGCACCUGCAUUCAGUGGCACGUCGAGAAGGCUGGGAGAGAGGCGGCACCACUGUGGUGGCCACUCUCAUCUCACCGUAUUAUAUCUACUUCGCCAACUGUGGUGACUCAAGGGCUAUGCUGUGCAGGUCUGGGCAGGUGUGCUACUCCACUGAGGACCACAAACCUUACAGCCCUCUGGAGAAGGAGCGAAUAGAGAGUGCCGGUGGCUCAGUGACUCUCCAAAGGAUCAACGGCUCCCUGGCUGUGUCCCGUGCUCUAGGGGACUUCAGCUACAAGGGGGCUGAAAACCGGACGCCCAGCCAGCAAAUGGUGUCACCGGAGCCAGAGGUGUGUGUGGUGGAGCGCUCACCGGCUGAUGAGUUCCUGGUGCUGGCCUGCGACGGAGUGUGGGACACCAUUAGCAAUGAGGAGCUGUGCGCCUUCAUCCACAACCGCCUGCGUGUCUGCACCGAUCUGAGAGAUGUCUGCACCCAAGUCAUCGACCUCUGUCUCUAUAAGGGCAGCCUGGACAACAUCAGCAUCAUCCUGCUAUGUUUCCCUGGAGCCCCCCAGCUGUCAGCUGAGGCAUUACACCAGGAAGCAGAGCUGGAGGACCUGCUGGAGUCCAAAGUAGCAGAGAUUUAUGAAGAGCUGUGUGCCAGAGGGGAGGACCCUGACCUGCUGUCCGUCCUCACAGUCCUUGCAUCCACUGUCAUCCCUGGAUUACCACCAGGGGGCGGCAUACAGAGCAAGAGGAACUGCAUCAUUUCUGCUUACUACCAACAGAGAGAGACGCACAAGCCCACAGUACCAAAUGGCCUGGGAGGAUCCUGAUCAGGUCAGCUGUGUUUUUGUCUCCAAGGAGCCAUGGCGGGGCUGUAAUUAAUGUCAAUAUUAAACUGUUUUCUUCGUGUGCAAUUUAACAAAAAGGGAAAUUACUAACAGACAAGGGUGUUUGUUUACAUCAUGCCAGCAAGCAGCAUCUUGUUGUGAUGAAUACAAUGCAAAAAUGAUCUAAUUAAAGCCUGUUACAUUUUAUAUUUAUAUAAUAAGGACAUUUUGUAAAACUUACUCAGAGAUACAGAUCCAGCAACAAACGUCUGCCUCAUAUUCAGUGAACGGAUAAAACAGACGAUCAUGUCAAUGAAAGUCUGCCAGAUUAAAACAAACUACUGUGAAAUUGUACUUUAUUGUUGGAUAAAUAAGGAAUAUUGGUGUAUAAAUAUAUAUAUAUAUAGUGUUAUAUUUUAAAGAUGAUAAGAAUAAGUAUAUAAGGGUAGAGUAUAAGAGUUAUUUCAUGAUUUUGAUGAUUAAAAUUUGUCUCUCCUAUCCAGGAGGGACUUAUGUGUCAGUGCUAGCCCAAAGCUAGCAUGUAGCGAACAUAUAAAGUAUAUAUCUGCCUGGUUAAAACAGGGAGUGCUAACAGUGCUAACAGCUGGUCAGCUGAUGGGAGCACAAAUGUUUCUUUUUUUCCAUGUGGUGACAAGCAAAUAAGCACUAAUUAUUCUAGACUCAAAGUCCAGAAAAAAUACAUUUCACACAACACAUAAACUCUUUUUGAAGAUUUUAAAGAGCUUGUUAAAGUGUAGAAUAAGAUUGACUUGGUUUGAUUGAUGCUUGAAAAAUUAGGUAAUAUGUUUGAAAAAGAACUGAAAAGCACGUUUUUGAGUUGUGACCAAAAAAUCAACUCCAUCUAUCCAAAAUUGGCAAAAAAAUACCCUAAGAUUGUUAUUUAUUGACCAAUUUGACAUACACACUGUUAGUUCUACACAUAUACAUUUUUCUUUGUAUAGCUAGCAUAUUUCUUAAGACUUUCUUCAACAAAGUACAUGUGAAAUGUGUUUUUUCCAUACGUUGGAUGAUGUACUGUGAUGCCUUAUUCGUGUUUUGUAUUGUUUAGAAAACAAACACCAAUGGAGAGGUUCAGUUUCAGAACAGGACAUUACAUCUGAAUUAUUACAUUAUUUCAGUGAGUCGUUUCCUGUGUACAGACAUUACAUGUUAAGUCAUGAUUGUCCCAAACCUAAUAAAGA